CUCUCUCCCCCCGCCUCCCUUGACGACCAAAUCUCUCUCUCUCUCUCUCUCUCUCUCUCUCUCUCUCUCACUUUCCGCCACUACCUCAACUCUCUAAAAAGCCACUUCUUCGGUCUCGGAGAGGGGAGACAGAGAGAGAAGAAGACUUAUAGGAAGUUUCUGACUGUCUUACUCGGAGUCUCCGUUUUCUUUCCUUCCCCGGAGAUACCAGAUCAGAUCUGUUCAAGAUGCAGAACGGCUCAGAUUCAACGCCUCCGGCUAACCAAACUCCUCCUCCUCCUCCUCCUCCGCAGGCUCAGCAGUGGCAACAGCAUCAACAGUGGAUGAUGAUGAUGAUGAUGCAACAGCAGCAGCAGCAGCAUAUGAUGAUGUACCCUCACCAAUACGUUCCUUACAAUCACGGCGGCGGUCAUUAUCCUCCUCACCUCCAAUACCCGCCCUACCAUCACCACCACCAAAAGACACAAGAGCGUGGUGGAUCUGGAGGAGAAGACGUCAAGACUCUAUGGGUUGGUGACCUUCUUCAUUGGAUGGACGAGACUUAUCUCCACACCUGCUUUUCUCACACCCGCGAGGUUUCUUCUGUGAAAGUGAUUCGUAACAAGCAAACUCUCCAGUCAGAAGGGUACGGUUUCGUCGAGUUUCACACACGCGCUGCAGCCGAAGAGGUUCUCCAGAGCUUCAGUGGCUCCAUAAUGCCCAACUCCGAGCAGCCCUUCCGUCUAAACUGGGCGUCUUUCAGCACCGGUGAGAAGAGAGCUGUGGAGAACAACGGUCCUGAGCUGUCCGUCUUCGUCGGAGACUUGUCUCCGGAUGUGACUGACGCUCUGCUGCAAGAGUUGUUCGCUGAGAGGUAUCCCUCUGUCAAAAGCGCCAAAGUUGUGAUCGAUUCAAACACGGGAAGGUCCAAAGGUUACGGUUUCGUUAGGUUCGGUGAUGAGGAGGAGAGGUCGAGGGCUUUGAACGAGAUGAAUGGUGCUUUGUGUUGCAACAGGCAGAUGCGUGUUGGAGUUGCCACUCCUAAAAGAGCGGUUGCUAAUAAUCAGCACCAACAUUCUUCACAAGCUGUGAUAGUGGCUGGUGGGCAUGGAGCAAAUGGUUUCACUGGUUAUGGUUCUCAGUCUGAUGGUGACUCAAACAACUCAACAAUAUUCGUUGGUGGAGUUGGCCCUGAUGUAACUGAAGAAGACCUCAGACAACCAUUUACACAAUUUGGCGAAGUCGUUUCAGUGAAGAUCCCAGUAGGGAAAGGAUGUGGAUUUGUCCAACUUUCUAACAGGAAGAGUGCUGAUGAUGCCAUCCAGAGCUUGAACGGAACAGUCAUCGGCAAGAACACUGUCAGGCUCUCUUGGGGAAGAACCCCGAACAAGCAGUGGAGAGGAGACAAUGGAGGAUAUUCACGAGGACAAGGGUACAACAAUGGAGGCUACGCUAACAACGACCACGACUCCAACAACUAUCCCGCCGAGACUACUUGAAGAGAAUAAGAGACUCAAGAGUGAUCAUGGAUCAUAGUGGUUUAAGCCUUAUGUGAUUCAUAAGACAUCAAUCAAUGCUAAACUUGUAGUCGAAAAAAAGAGAAUUUUGUUAGAUUUAAUUUGGUUUUGAUAGACUGAAAACAUGUUGGUUACUGUUGUCUUUGUCUGAAGACUAACAUAAUGGUUAUGCUCGUUAGAUCA